GUGAGAGAGUGUGAAGAGAGGGCGCGCGCGGGAGAGAGCUUGCAAACAGGCCAAAAACGCGUAUACGACGGUUGUUGUCCAUCCUGACAGAGACCCGGUGUGUCCUCUUCCAAGCCCGACCGGGGGCCCUUCUCAAUCCGGUGUCUGAGCAGCCAAGUGUGUGUGACUAUAGUUGGUGGUAUCGUGUUGGGAUAACAAUUAUUCCUGUCGCAGGGCGAAACGUCAUCGAGGAGGUUGGUCCGUAACCAUCAUCGGAAGAACAACGCACGCUGUGCGUCGGGGAAAGCUAUCGAAUCGCGGGGCUUCAGAGGCCGCUUACGCGGAUAUUAGCCACCGUUAGCCACUGAAUAGGGUAACUGGUUGUAACUCGCGAGUGUGUGCUUCCGCGUUGUUCUUCUUCAAUUGUUGUUGUUGUUGUUGUUUAUUGGUGCUUCGUAGGUUUUGGUGAUUUGUUCGGGUAUUGUUGAUAUUUUUGUGCGCGGUUAGUUUCGCGGCUUCGAGACGUUCGUCCAGUUUGCGGAGACCGAUGAAAUGAGAGACAAUUAUUUGUCUUUGUCGUCCAGUGCUGUUCAUCUUAUCGGAGUUGAAGAAACGAAUGAAGGCUCGAGAAAGCUCAUGUCUGUCGGGAUCGCGGCACGGUGUGACGCGAAGUAGACUGUGUCGAGUGCCGGAAGAACACUCGUGGUGUUAUCGUUGCACAGUUCGUGCGAACGGUUAACAAGCGCAUUGUUCAACGUUGUAAAACUCUAAUUGUCGUUCUGAUCGGGACGCUUGGAAUGACGUAACGGUGGUAAACGAUUAUUCGGUGAUAGUACGUCUACGCUGAGAGGGAUAGCUCAGGCGCGGAAGUUUCAUGGAAAAUAGGACUUGAGCGUGCAAUCGUGAGAAUCUUGUCUAACGAUCAGUCAGAUAUAAGGGAGUAAGAGAGAAAUAAAAGAUUUGAUAAGCGUGCCGUUAUAAUCGGCGUGCUUAGCUGGUCGCACCGAUGACUCCAGUUUGACGAAUAAUCACUCGGAGGGACAAGGGAAAGAGGGAAAUAUUGUUCUGACGAGAGUGUGAAAGAUAAAAAAGUGAUUCUCUAUGACCAUGUUACAGUCGCAGAAGCUGUACAGCGAGGCUGGCAGCCUCGGUGGAGCUAUGACAAGCGCUGCCAUGACGAGCAUGGGUAGCAUGGCUCCGACGUACAGCUCGAUUAAUUCCAUGGGUUGCGUAUCGAUGGGCAUGUCGAUGGGUGUUGGUGUUGGACCAAGUUGCAGUCCCCAGGGUGCCGGUGGCUUUAACAUGAGUUCGAUGGGUUCAAUGGGAAUGGCAUCGAUGGGUGGCGGUGGCAUGGCUGGAUACGGUGGUGCAUCGAUGGGCGGAGGUGGAGCUUGCAUGAGUGCGGUCAGUUAUGGUCCGCUUACACCGAGCGGCGGAGCUGGGGUUACGAGAGAUUCGCUGUCUUUGGCCGAGCCGGAUUCGCCGAACUCUGCUCUGCAGCGUGCACGGACCGAUAAAUCGUACAGGAGAAAUUACGCCCACGCGAAACCACCGUAUUCCUAUAUAAGCCUCAUAACGAUGGCGAUACAGAAUGCUCCGACGAGAAUGUUAACGCUCUCGGAAAUCUAUCAAUUUAUCAUGGAUCUCUUUCCGUAUUAUCGACAAAAUCAGCAGCGCUGGCAGAACUCGAUAAGGCAUUCGUUGAGCUUCAACGAUUGCUUCGUCAAGGUGCCAAGGACACCGGACAAGCCGGGCAAAGGUUCAUUUUGGACGCUGCAUCCGGAGAGCGGCAAUAUGUUCGAGAACGGUUGCUAUCUUCGUCGGCAGAAAAGAUUCAAGGACGAGAAGAAGGAAAUGUCGCGACAAUCGACGAAGCACCAGCAGCAUCAGCAGCAUCACACGCCGGCAAGCGCAGGUGGUCAUAACAGUCCAACAUCGCAGCACGAUCACAUGAUUGCCGCGGGGGCAGCCGGUAAAAAAACGCCAUCUUCGUUGCACGCCCACGGAGCCCAGCAGCAAGACGACAAAGAUCUUCACUCUCUCGUUUCGUCGCAUCACCAUCAUCACCAUCAUCACGGUUCCGGUUUACAUCAGCAUCAUGGCAGCCUGAAGAGCGACACGACGGACAUCGGCGGUAUGCUCGGACCCGAUCUCGGCGCUACUCACGACGAGCUCGCAGCGAUGGUAGGUCGGAGCCUUCAUCCCCAUUUACUCUCGGACCCGGCGGCCCUUCAUCACGGGAUGACCGGUAGCUUGAAACAAGAAUCACCCUAUACAGCAUCGAGUCAUCCGUUUAGCAUCACGAGGUUAUUGCCUGGUGCGACGGCAGGUACCUCGCCCGGCGCACAAGAUACCAAACCACCCGAUCUAAAGAUGUACGAACCGUUGCAUCAGAGCUACGCCAAUUACGUGUCCUCGCAUCACCCUCAUUUGCACGGAGCUCCACCGGGACAUCACCAUCACAAUGGCAUGCACUCCGGGCCCAACCCAGCCGGUGCGAUGCACAAUAUGUCGAACCAUCAUCAGGAUUAUUAUGAAAGUCCGUUGUAUCAUCAUGCCAGUAGUGUAACAACUUCGAGCGCACCUCCACCACCUCCGUCCACGGCUGCACCAGGAUUGUGACAUCACGCUACUCACCCGUACGCACUUGCCUGAGCCGCUGCCGCUGCGGCAUACAACGCCGCGACGUGCAACAUCAACAACACCGAAAAUACAAUGCCUAGCGGGAACGUCGCCCAGCUGCAACAUCACCAACAUCACCUCGCUCAUCAUCAUCAGCAUCAGCAUCAUCAUCAGCAUCAACAACGACAACAGAACGAGGUGCGUGGUGUUGCCGACGACGAUCAGCGUCAACGCAUCGGCACGAUAAGGCCCAUAGCGAAUAACAGCGACGUAUUCGUCGGUCCAAGUGUCGUGCAUCAUGAUCAACGUCAUGGGAGCACUUGGCACGUUGUUACCGGUGUUCAAGAUCCUGAAGAUGACGAUGACGAUGAUGACGACAAUUCUGUUGCCUAUAGAGAAGAACAACGAAUCUGAGAUUCUCCGGACAAUGAAGUCUACGGCUGAAUACAUUUUUCUUCCAAUAAUUCUUGCUCUCCUGGUACUUUUGUUUAUUUUUAUUUUUAUUUUUUUUUUCAUUUUCAAUCGUAACGUUGCCCCUAGCCCUCGGGGAACCUCGAGCAACGAAUGUUAGAACUACGGGCGACGUGCUGCAACUUUACAAUGAAUUUUCAAUGGCUAACGUUUUUUUUGUCAACUCCCAUUUUAACAUUUCCUUUUGUGCCGAGUCUCGGGUAUGAGUUUUUAAUGGCACGAUGAAACGCUGGGUAACUUUAGCGGCUCUUUUCAUUUUGUACAUUGCCGGGCUGCUGAUAACGCGAGGACUUGAACGAAAUACUCGAAUUGAAGGAAUGAAGAAAGUCAAAAGAUAUCGCGUUCUAGCUUGAGAGCACAUCUAUGGAGAAGGCAAUCGCCAAGUUGACGGUGGCGAGCCAUCGUACUGAUAACACGCGCCCAAACGGCGAGCAAAAACACAUUCGGAACUUUCUCCCUCUCUCUCUCUCUCUCUCUCUCUCUCUCUAUAACUUUGUAUGACUGUCUACAAUUCUCAUUCCUUCCCGUGCCAAAAGACCCAGGAAAAAUGAUAGCCGUUAGCAGUGAUAAUAAAAGCGAUACGAGAUCGAGAGUGGUAGAUUCGAUAUCGCGUCGCCGCGUAGUUCUAUACAUCGAUGUAAGAAAUCAUCAGUAAGGCUUGAUACCGCUUUGAAAAACGUUUCCUACGGGGCGGCUCCGUCCGCGGUUUCGGCGAGCAUCCACGCGGCCUUUAUUCGCGAAUUUUAUAAUUCUCCCAAACUCCCGGUCGUCGAGAAAGCCGGCUGUAUAAGGGCGAGAGCGUUGGUGCGAUGUGUAAUACACACACACGAGGAUUAUCUGUGGCGUUCGUCGACGAGAGUGAAUAUAUAUUGUGAUAAUAAUUCAUGAGGAUAAAUGUUUAGAUGGGAGUCACAUAAAACUUAAUGAAAUAUUGAAGAGAUAUGGCAGAUGCUUCCAGCGUAUUAUAUUCAUUGACAAAAGUAUCCUUAGCGAGGGUUGUGUAUGUAGAAAGAAAGAAGGAAAGAAAGAAAGAAAGAAAGAAAGAAGGAAAAAAAACAAAAUGGGCGCGUUGCAACCACCAAUAAGUAUAAUACGUUGUGCAUUCGAUUCAGUGUACCAUUGUUACUCCGAUCUGUGUGCAAGCAGUUUUAAUUUGGGCUAUUUCGUUGAAAAUCUAACCAUCCAAAUGUGUCCUCAACGCUUCACAUUUAUCAACUGGUUUAAAAAUCCCUCGAAAAACAUUGAUCUACGUUUUAUCCAAAUUUAUAUUAUCAAGAGAAUAUCAAAUUGUACUGCGUUGGAGAACACCUCCGGUGUGUUUUUUCUUUUGUAUCAUACGUGUAGAUAGUCGCACAACGUAAAGUGUAUAAUGUACAUUUCUAUAUGUUAUAAAGAGCUAUAUAUAUAUAUAUAUAUAUAUACAUAUGAGUAUAAAUAUAUAAAUAAACAUAUACAUAUAUAUAUAAAUAAUAAAAAAUAUAUAUAUAUGUAAAUGGAAACUUGAACGAUACAUUCUAUAAGGCGUAUAUAGAGAUACGUCAUAAAUCUUUAUACCGCGUGUCUCAAUUGCGUCGUCGUGAUCUCUCUCUCUCUCUCUUUCCCUCUAAUAUCUUCUUCAUUUUAGAGUUAAAAUAAUAUUCAUAGCUGAAAACAAAGAAAGAAAUAAGCAUAUAAAGAAAUCGGUCGAAAUUGCGCAAUUGAAAUAUCUUGCACAUUAAUACGCACACGAUUUAUUGUCAAUUGCGCGAUAAUUGUCGCACUCGUUAGACGCGCGGUGGCGCCACUUGGAAAAUAAUAAAAAAGAAUAAAAUAAAAAACUAAAAAAAAAAAAAAAAAAAAAA